UGGCUGGAGAGGAAGGGUGGACAAAGGGUUUUCGCCACGGCGACGGUAUUUUCGUUGGCAGCGCGUGUGGGCUGUGUUCAAACAGCCGCAGGUGGCUGGUCUCGACUACUCUCGGUCGGGGGUCGGCACAGACCGGACGCAUUGCUCCUUUCCUGCCAGACAGAACUCUCUGGCGGAAAUUGAUAUUGGGUGCCGGGGACAGCACUCUGUUGGCUGCCAUUCAUAAUAAAUAUAGGCAUAUCUGAGAACGGCGCCGAAUGCUGCAUGCGCCAUCGCGGGGUCCAGGCCUUACGUAGAGACAACACGGCAGAGCUGUGGGCACAUGAAACAGUUGACGUCAGUGUGAACAAACUUCGGCUGUCCUUGCCAAGGUCUGAUCAGCUAUUUCAUUUCUCAUUGACACUUCUGUGACACUUCAGUGACACUUCCGUGACACUUCUGUGACACUCCGUGACACUUGUGACACUUCUGUGACACUUCUGUGACUUUCACGUGCUGCUUUCAGGCACGUCCUAACUGUGGUAUCUUCGGCCCAGGUCUUACUUAUGUUGGGCUAUGAGGUCUGAUCGCCGAUCUUAUUCCUGAUUCUCGUGUGUGCUGAAAGCUGCUUUCAGUCCUGGGGUUUGCUAUACUUGCCUCCGUUGCUCUCAGUGUUUCUAUUUCUAUUCAUCCCCCUUUAUUAUGAAUGCAGUACGUGGUGCAUCAGUGUUGCCAGCUAUGAGGGCCGCACUUGCAUCUUCAGUGUCGUCAACAGAUAUGAUCGUCCUGAAUGUGACAGGACAGAGAGCAUAUCAGUGCUGUACUCUUCAUCCCACUCCCCAAACUGGUGCUUGGCAUCGUGAUAGGCCCGUGCAAGUGCCAGUGCACGAUCCGUUGACAACGAACCUGGUCCUUGUGAAGCAUAGGCCUGGAGUGAGUGGUCGGUGUGUCUCUGGACCUGCGGUCUCGCCGCAGUCGAGAACUCCAUUGAUGGCCUGCUGCAGGUCAGUUCCUGCAGUCACGGGCUUCUCCAGUGUGCUCUCCGACGGUUGGGAUGUAAUUAUUGGCUCAUCGCAGAGCAGGGUGCGCAGGGGGGCUAGACUGUACUCUUCGGGCGAUAGUGUCAUGGCAACCACAGACACACCCACGGUCACUGAUGCUGAGGGCGCCCAAGCAGAACCCGCGGUAGUCGCAACUCCUGGUUCCCCGGCAGCACCAGCUGGUAUAGCAGGGAGUGAUGAAGGUGAAGGGACAAAGACAACGGAGGACGACAAUGCGAUCGUUGAUAGUCUGGACAUUAGAAUUGGAAAGAUAAUGAAGGCUUGGAAACACCCAGAGGCAGACAGCCUGUAUGUGGAGGAGGUUGACCUGGGGGAGGAGACCGGGCCGCGAACCAUUUGCAGCGGCCUUGUUAAGUAUAUCCCGGAAGCAGAAAUGCAGGGGCGAUCAGUUGUGGUGCUGGCAAAUCUGAAGCCUCGCAACAUGCGUGGCGUGAAGUCCAAUGGCAUGCUCUUGGCUGCCUCCGAUGCAGCACAUGAGAAUGUUGAGCUUGUAUCUCCUCCUGUGGAUGCUGUAGUUGGAGAUAGGGUUUGGUUUGGAGAAGCAGAGGACAAGGGGCGACAGAAAGCGCCGGCAACCGCAAACCAGGUGCAGAAGAAGAAGGUUUGGGAAACCGUUCAGCCCAGGCUGAAGACCAAUGAAGAAGGUGUUGUUGUGUAUAAUGGAAACAAGCCAAUGCGAGUUGAUACGGGUGUGGUAAAUGCACCCAGUCUGAAAGGUGCUAAUGUUUCAUAAAUUCCCCCCCCCCUCCCCCCGCCCCUCUUCGGACUGCUGCUACUUUAGCUGGAUAUCUGAAAUCCUUGAAAAGCCUUUGAAUA